CCUGUUGUUGUUGUUAUGAAGGUGCAGCUUUCUCAUCCACCUUUUUACCCAAAGUUACUCCAUCAAGAGAACAGCAGAUAACAUUUGAUUUUCAUCGUCGUGACGUUAUCAGAAAACCGUUUUCAACAUGAACCAACUACAGUAUUACAAACCUUUCUUCUCCGUCUUCGUCCCCUUGUUGGCGCUGCUUUGCUCCGUCCAAUCCUCACCGCGGACAGACCCUCCGAUCCGCCCCGAUCACCCCUUCCUCUUCAUGUGGAACGCUCCGACAGAACUCUGCGAUCUUCGCUUCGGGAUGCCGCUCGACCUCUCGCACUUCCACUCCGUCAGCAGCACCCUGAAGACGGCCACCAACCAAAACCUGUCCAUCUUCUACACCGAUCGAUUCGGCCUUUUCCCCUACGUGGACGAAGACACGGGCGAGAUGUACGACGAAGGUCUACCGCAGCUCAUCGAUCUGCAAGAGCAUCACGAACUAGCCGAAGACGACAUCGAGUACUACAUCCCGUACGAUCACCCGGGCCUCGCUGUGCUGGACUUUGAAGAAUGGAGGCCUCAGUGGGUCAGAAACUGGGGCAGCAAGGACAUCUACCGGCAGAUCUCCAUCGAGACGGUGCAGAAGAAGAACGCAUCGUUGUCCGAAGAUGAAGCGGAAGACCGGGCGAAGAUCGUGUUCGAACGCGGAGCCAGGAAGUACUUUAUCCGAUCUAUUCGCAUCGGGAAGAGGCUGAGACCCCACAGACUCUGGGGUUAUUAUCUGUACCCCGACUGCUACAACUACGACUACAACAAGGACAUGGAGGGCUUCACCGGAGAGUGUCCGAACAUCGAGAAGGACCGGAACGACGAGCUGCUGUGGCUUUGGAAAGAGUCCACAGCGCUUUUUCCCUCCAUUUACCUGGAGCUGGUGCUCAGAGACUCCCAGCAGGCACGAAGGUUCGUCCGGCAUCGAAUCCAGGAGGCCAUGAGGGUCUCAAUGCUACCCAACAGCUCCUACUCCAUCCCCGUCUACGCCUACAUACGACCCGUGUACAAAGACAGCAUCGACGACUACAUGUCAGAGCUCGAUCUGGUGAACACGAUAGGAGAAGCGGCUGCUCUCGGUGCCGCUGGCAUCGUUUCCUGGGGAGACAUGAACGUCACCGAAUCAGAGGACUCGUGCUUGGACGCCCGCCUCCACCUGCAGAAGGUGAUGAACCCGUACAUCCUGAACGUCACCACGGCGACGCGUCUCUGCAGCGACUUGCUGUGUCAGAGUCGCGGUCGCUGCGUGAGGAAACGAUGGGACGAAGACGUCUUCCUGCACCUCGACCCGCGGAGAUAUCGGAUCCAUCGAAAGCACCGUGGGGGGCCGCUGACGGUGAGCGGAGGCUUCUCAUUGGACGACGUUAAAACAUUCAAUGCAAGCUUCGACUGCAUGUGUUUCAGCGAGGCUCCGUGUCGCUUUGUGUCCACGUUUAACGCCAUCCAACCGCAACGGUCCGCAGUGACCACGAGGAACAGAGGAGCAGAUAAGCCCCGCCCCUUUCUGCUGGUUACGAUACUGCUCUGUUUGAAGUGUGUCGUCACGUGGAUUUAAGUUAAAAACACACAAACCUGAGAUACAGGAUGAGAGGCUGCAGGCAGUAAAGGACAAUUUUAAGUUUUUUCAGCAUGUUGUUUAAAUCUUGUUAAGAUAAGAGAGUGCUUUAUUGAUCCCAAAUUGGGAAAUGUUACUGUGCAUUAAAGAAAUGUAUCAUUGACCAACA